AUGUCUAUUCUGAGAGUUGUCUACAUCACUGUACCCAAUGAAAAUGUUGCAAACACUUUAGCUAGAAGUUUCGUGGAGAAGAAGCUUGCUGCUUGUGUGAAUAUUGUCAGCAACGUAAAAUCAGUAUAUGAAUGGGAAGGCAAGCUCUCGGAAGACAAUGAACUACUACUAAUCGUGAAGACUCAGCAGUCUCAUCUGGAAAGUUUACAAGAAGAAUUGAAGCAGAAUCACCCCUACGAGGUACCGGAGUUCGUUGCGCUUCCUAUCGACUACGCGUCCGAGCCUUAUGGAAAGUGGAUGUUAGAACAGACAAAAAAUAAAUAA